AUGGCCUCGUCCAAACGUGGCCCCUCGGUCCUGGUCACGGACUCGAGACAGCGGCCCCCAUCGCGGGGAGUGCCGCAGAGACCCGGCACGGCCGGCGGAGGGCCCUCGCGGAUGCCAUCUAUGCGCUUCAUGACGGUCGACAAUGUCUUGCAAUACGCCUCGGAGAUUCCGUCAGGCCAGCCCCGGCUUCCUCCGGGCCAGAGUCUACGCGGAGCUGCGGGCACGCGCAGGGUCAGCGGCGGAGGUCUGCCGAACCUGGCAUCACGGACGGGCCAACACAUCAUGCCUUCGCGGACGACCAAGAUCAGCGAGAAGCUAGUGCUGCUUCCGGAGACGGACGAGAAGGCUGGAGGAUCUGACGAGGAGACUGAGGAACCACCCAAGGACGAUGGAGGGCCUCCAAACGAUGAGGAGAUGGACAUCCUCAAGAAAAGAGGUGGCCUACGCGGGAAGAGCUAUGCCGAGCGACUGCCCAAGGGCCAGAGGACGGAAAAGGUUUCCAGAGUGACCGCCUACUGCACUGCGCAGUCCUACAAGAUGAAGUCUACGUCCGAGUUCCUGCGCAAAAAACACGAUGCGAAGACCAAACUCUACGACGACUGCCUGUACAGCGUCUACCACAUUCCCAUCCUCCCCGGCGUCGACGGCUAUAGAGUCAGGAGCCGGCCCAUAUUGAAAACACCCGGCACAGGCAAGACCAUCCUCGACCUGGAGAUUGAGCGAAAUGAGCGCAGAGACGACCACAUGGGUUACGACUACCACCAUUACGACGUGCACGGCGAGGAGAACGGCAGUCAUCGUCGUGGCUCGGACGAUCGUGGUCGCGACAUGAACAGGUCGCAGCAGAACGAACCGCAUUCCCCAAGUCCCGUCAAUCGCCUGGCCCCCGACGCGAAGAAUUUUGCCGAGAUGUUUGUGUACUCGUACGGUGUUGUGGUCUUCUGGAAUUUUACCGAGACGCAGGAGAAGAACAUUUUGGCUGAUCUCGCAUUUGCCGAGAACGAGUCAGGGGUGUCACUCGUCACACGCCCCCUCGACCAGAGCGACUUUGAGACCGAGGAAUUUCAUUUCGAAUAUAGUGCUGACAUCAAGCGACCCCGAGUUUUCAACGACAUGAUCACGCUGCUGCCGCGGUCGGACCACAUGGUCAAGCUGACCAUCAGCCACGCCAUUGCCCAAAGUACCAAGCUGUGCUUCUUCGAGGAAAGAAUGUCCGAGACCAUGCUAGACGCGCAGCAUGUGCCGAAGCGGCUGGCUUUAACCGGGGAACUGAACAUGACCCGAACGGAGAUUGUCAAGAUCCUGGGGCGCUUGUUCAAGAGUCGCGUCGACAUCAAUCUCUCUUCCAAUAUUCUCGACGUCCCCAACUUCUUCUGGGAUGCCGAGCCCACACUGCAUCCACUCUACGCAGCUAUCCGCGAGUACCUGGAUAUUGACCUGCGCACCAAGGUGCUAAACGAGCGAUGCCAGGUGUUCCUGGACCUUGCAGAAAUCCUCUCGGAUUCCGUUGCCGAUGCAAAGAUGAGCGCCAUCACGUGGAUCGUCAUUGUCCUGAUCAUCGUCAGUAUCCUUGUCACCGUGACCGAGGUCGUCCUACGUUUCACCAUCCUGUCCAAGGAGAAGGGGAAGAACGAGAACAACAACUCGGCACACGCCGCGGAGAUUCUCCGAUCGAGACUGCAUGGCGCCAUCUCGAAUGCGACCCUGGAAGAAUUGAGACUGUGGAGUGCCGGCCUGAGCGAGCAGGAGAGACAAGCCGUGUGCGGAGCAGACUACGUGGGCACCACGUUUGCCGGCAUUUGA